AUGGAAAUAAUUAUUCAAGAGGAAGGUUAUCAUUACUUAAUCUUUGAUUUGGUGACCGGGGGUGAGCUCUUUGAGGACAUAGUCGCCCGCGAAUACUACUCAGAAGCCGAUGCAUCCCAUUGUAUUCAACAAAUACUUGAAUCUAGAUCUCAAACGAGUAAAGCGAAAGGCGCUGCCGUCAAAUUGGCUGACUUUGGGCUGGCCAUCGAAGUGCAGGGAGAGCAACAGGCCUGGUAU